AUGAUUUCUAGUUUGAAAAAGCUCUCAAAUUUGAGACCCUCAGGAUCGCCAUGGCUCUCGUCCCUGCGGUCAUCUCGCUGGUUCAUCGUUGCUGUGAUCUCAACUGCGUAUCUAACGACCCUGUUUUUGUAUGGCAUGAUUGUCCCCAUCAUGCCCUCGGCGCUGGUCGCACGAGCAGGUGUGUCACCGGAUCAGCAGGCAUUUUGGACAAGUAUCCUAUUGAUCUGUGAGACUGCCACGGCCUUUGUGGCCUGCCCGAUCUUUGGAUUUUGGGUGGACUCAUCGAUUGGUCGCAAAAUCCCGUUUCUGGUAGGCUUGCUUUUGCUCGCCGCCGCCAUGGCUUUCUUUACCGCAGCGCGGUCCACUACGAUGUAUAUCGUGGGGAGAAUACUACAAGGUCUCGCAUCCGCUAUGGUAGAUGUUGCAGGUCUUGCGCUGCUGCGAGAUGGAAUGGGCACCGAUCGUUUGGGAGAAGCCUUGGGGUACGUGGGUACCGGCCAAAUGGUUGGACUCAUGGCAGGACCUCCGUUGGGUGGCAUAGUGAAUCGUGCUGGGGGGUAUUAUGCGGUCUGUAUCCUAGGGUUUGCGAUUGUCAUCGUGGACGCGGUGAUGCGCUUAGCGGUGCGGGAGCAAAAAGGCGAGGACCAAAAUUCCAGCCAAAUGGUCGAAGGAGCUAUUGCUGUUGGGACCGAGGAAAGCUAUAGUAAAACUUCCGUUAUGGCGAACAGUGCAAAUGCCGAACCGAAUCCCCCAGAAGCAAAUGCUGUGUCUUUUUCAGGUCUGAAAUUGUUGAAGCAGCCACGAGUGGUCAUCACACUCUGGGCCCUCGCUAUGGAUGGACUGAUAAUCGGUGCUUUCGACGCGGUGUGUACUACUCUGCCUACCUAUGUGGAGCAAUUGUUUGGAUGGGAUGCCUUUGCAGCAGGAUUACUCUUCCUCGCCAUGGCAGGGCCGGCACUAUUGGAGCCUUGGUUUGGACGACUGUGCGACCGUUUCGGCGUUCGCAUUAUGGCAGUUCUGGGGUUCGCAAUGUAUACCCCGCCACUGGUGUGCCUGCAAUUCGUUACCCAAGAUAGUAUGUCACACAAGGUUCUACUCGCCGCGCUUAUGGCGUUGUGUGGCCUCGCUCCCUCGGUGGCCCAGCCAGCCCUGUAUGUGGAGUCGCAGAUCGUGCUGGAAGAAAUAGAGCAGCGCAGUCCGGGCGUCUUCGGCCCGCAAGGGGCGGUCUCACAGGCAUUUGCCGUGCAGACAAUGGCCAACUAUGCCGGCCUCUCGGUCGGGCCUAUCAUUGGGGAGAAAAUGCUAAGUCGGUAUGGGUGGAAACCAAUGGCGUGGACAUUAGGGGCAUUGGCUGGAGUGACGAUCCUGCCUAUGUUCUGCCUCAGCCACAUAAGCUUCACCGGACAGACACCGCAAGGGGAGAUGACCCCCCUUGAUUCUGGUCGUUUUACUUUCCCGGCCGAAUGGGAGCCCCAUGUGGCGACCAUCCUAGGCUUCCCAUCAAAAGCGUCGUCGGUCGAAUCUCUUUACGAACCUCUUUGUAAUGAGAUCGUGGACCUGGCCGCAGCCAUCGCCGACUUUGAGCUAGUGCGUUUGCACGCGCGACCGGAAGAUGUACCUGCUGCCCAAGCACUGGUUAAUCGUAAAUUGCGCGAUCCCUCGCAGGUCACCAUUGUCCCCGUGCCAAUCAACCAUUGCUGGGUCCGCGAUACGGGGCCCGUGUACGUGCGCGACGCGACUGGCCAGUUAGACCCGAAACAAAGGCUGGCUAUCAGCUUUGAAUUCAACGAAUGGGGCAACAAAAACGGCUGGGCCGGUGUCGAUGAGUAUCGAUACGGGACACCGGCCAUGACUGCAGAAAUUUUGCGCGAGAACACCGACUUUGCGCGCAAUGUCAUUGCCGCAGACAAUUCGCCGUCCCCAGUGCAGGCAGUUGUGUCACGCAUUCGUGCCGAGGGCGGCGCCCUGGUGGUCGAUGGAGAAGGCACGCUCAUCGUUGCGGAGAGCUGCAUGGUCUGCGAGGAGCGGAAUCCCGGUCUAUCGCGCGACGACAUCGAGGCCGAGCUCCGUCGCGUGCUCGGUGUCGAGAAGAUAAUCUGGGUCCCCGGGCGCAAGAACCUCGACAUCACGGAUUCGCAUCUCGAUGCCGAAGUGCGGUUCCUGCGGCCGGGGGUUGUUGUCUGGUCGCGACAUCAUCCUGACUCGGACCAGGACUGGCUAGAUCUGUCAAACGAGGUGCUGGAGGCCUUGCAGAGCCAGACAGAUGCAAAGGGCCGGAAGCUAGAAAUCCACGCGGUGGAAGAGCCACCAAUAAGCGCCUUGCCGUGUGCAGGAGACGACGAGUUUGUGUCGGGGUAUGUCAACUUCUAUUUCUGCAACGGGGGACUCAUCAUGCCCAAGUUUGGCGCGGAGGGAUGGGACCAAAAAGCGAAAGAGACGCUCCAGGCGUUGAUGCCAGAGAGGGAAGUGAGACAAGUCCACCUCAACGCCAUUCCACUCAGCGGCGGUGUCAUCCACUGCGUUACCCAGCAGGUGCCUACUCCCUUGGCUUAG